AUGGCGGACCCUCUAUCCGUCACCGCCUCUGCCGUGAGCAUCACAUCUUUUGGUAUAUCAUUAUGCAAGACUGUCUUGGACUUCUACCAGUCUGUGAAAGGCUCGCGGCGGGAUGUCAGGGAAUUAUGCGAAAUGAUAGAGAGACUUCAAAGGACUCUCACCGAAGUUGAGAAAGUUAUCCAAGGAUCUAGUCACCGUGAUAUAGCUGCGACUGCAUUUGAGAACCUCGAAGCCUGCAAAGCGGGUCUGGACCGACUGGCACACAAGAUGGAAAAAUCGCGUAAGGUGAUGACGAACUCUGUCGCUCGCUUUCCAGCUGCGUUGCAGUACCCUUUCAGAGAGAGUACUAUCAUCAGACUGAGGGAGAUCGUUUCUCAUGAGCUUCUGAGCCACCUUAACCUCUCUAUCAAUAUCCUCAAAUUGGAUGUCUCAGAAGCCAAUCAUCAAAGCACACAGAUGGGUUUGUCCAGUAUCAAUGCAAACAUAGACUCCGUUCGGGAUGAGACCAGCCUUGCUCUGAGCGAGCUCAAAGACGGCGUCUCAAAUGCCGCUAUCUUUGCCAAAAGCCAUGACAUGGGUGAGAUCCGUCGGAUCUUGACAUGA